ACGUCGGAGUCCUGUUGGUGUUAAAAAACUGCUACUUAGCAUUAGCUUGUUUACUUUAACAAGCAUACGUUUAGCAUUAGUGUGCAUAUGUGGGGAAUAAAGUACAACAGAAUGUCCCUGCUCAAUUAAGGAAACCCUGAGAAAGGAGGCACUGCCAAGUCUCCUCCACUGGGGAGGAGAGGACUCCUCAGAAAUGGCAACUGAACUCCAUGAGGCUAUUUGCAUGGCCAAGCAAGAGCGCCACAAAAAUCUGUUUCUUAACUACAGAAAUCUGAAUAAUUUCCCCGUAGAACUGCUGAAGGAUGAAGGCCUGCAGUUUUUGGAGAGACUGUACAUGAAGAGGAAUUCACUCACAACGCUGCCUGACAAUCUUGCUCAGAAGCUCCCAAAUCUAAUUGAAUUGUAUUUGCACUCAAACAACAUAGUCAUUAUUCCUGAAGCUAUUGGAAACUUGGCCAGGCUGCAGUCAUUGGACCUGAGCAAUAACGCCCUCCAGUUCCUCUGUCCAGAAAUUGGUCGUCUGAGGUCUCUACGGCACCUGAGACUGUCCAACAACCAGCUGAAAUGCCUUCCUCCAGAGAUCGGAGACCUGCAGGACCUGGAGACUCUGGACGUGUCGAUGAACCAGCUGAUGUCUCUACCGGAUCGGCUGCACCGCUGCGUUUCUCUGCAGAAUCUGACGGCUGAUCACAACCUGCUGAGCCACGUCCCCCGGCAGUUCUGCUGGCUCCACCGCCUCAACCAGCUCUCCAUGGCAGCUAACCGGCUGACCUUUCUACCGCUCGAUCUGGGCAGAUCACGAGAGCUGCAGUUUGUGUUUGUGGACAACAACGUGGACCUGAAAGGCCUUCCCUCGUAUUUGUAUAACAAGGUCAUCGGCUGCAGCGGGUGCGGCGUGUCUGCCCAGGUGCUGGAGGGUGACAUUGGGGAGGCGUUGGGUGAGGCGCUGAGUGAGGCUCUGGUCGGGCUUCCAGCUGAAGUGAAGGUGGUGGGCUCAGAGACAGAUGACGUGGUUCCCCUGGAGGAGAUCGCCUUGAGAACGCUGCACCGCAUGUACCACUACCGUCCAACAGACCUGAGCUUGCUGCCUCCCAUCAGCCUUCCAAAGAGCCUGCUGGACCUGCUGCAGUUCCCGCUGGGACACUGUCACCGAUGCAGUCAAGCCAUGUUCACCAUCAUCUACCCCAAACUCUUUCCCCUCCGUGACACCCCACUGGCAGGAGUGCACCGCAGGACGACUGUGAGUUUUGUGGCCUAUUGCUGUUCCAGUCGCUGCCUCCGGACCUUUGACCUCCAGUGAUGACGUCAUUUUCCUCGCCCCGUGCACAUUCACUCAAGAGCUAUUGAGUGGUUUCCACAAGGUGGCGGAUGACGGUUUGUGAUUUGCACUUUGUGCUUGACUGUCAAAACGAAGAAGCACAGAGAAGCAGCCUUUGUGGGAGUAUGAUGUCAGACGACGGAUGCACCGUAACGUUUCCAAAACAUUCAAGUCAAAGACUCAAACCUACAUGAUGUUCCUGAAUCCAGGAGGAUUGUAUUCCUGUGUGUACGCUGGAGGUCCAAAUAAUAACUUCCAUGUGUGAACAGUAAACUAACAGUAUUAGACCUGACGUACUCACAAAUGGGCACUUUUAAAACAAGCACUGUUUGAUUUUUGUGAAAUCCGUGAUUUUUCUCACAGAAGUUGAUCGCAGCAGACACCCCUUUGAUUGCGGAGUCAUAUUUAAUGGAGUUUGUAGUACGGUUUGUUUUCCCGUUUACUGAAGAAAAUUUGAAGGCUUAAUAUUGAAAGAAUGUAUCUAUCUAUUUGAUAUGUGUCAUUUUCAGCAGCAGGCACAGGGACCUGUCAGAUUGUUAAUAUUAAGAUAUUUAUACGACCUUAGGUAGCAGUCGAUAAAAUGAGCCAAGGAUUCGUCUCGCGCGUUUGUCAUAAAAGAAACAGAAUUUUGUCAGUUUGUCAGUCAUAUUUGGCAGGUAUCCAUUCUGAAAAUUUGACUGAGUUUGGCACAGGAUUUCAUAUGUUAUUAAUAUGUUAAAAACUAAUAUUUUUAUCUUUAUGCAAACUUUAAUGCACUCUGUAACAUAAGCACGAACCCAAAAAUGAUCAAAUUGUUGCAAUAGGUAUAAAGUCUGCAGGGCCUUUCAGUGUGAGGUCAAAUGUUUCUGUCAUCAUCUGUAAGACAUCAAGUUUGUACACAUCAGAGACACUGUGUGGUUCUCUUUGUCAACUCAUGCUACGUGUGAUGUUCAUUACUAUGUUGUACAAUCCUAAUUUAUCAUUUCUUUUGAUUGUGAAGCAUUGGACAGUAAAUGUUGACUGAUUUCAACAA